AUGGUGGCCUCUAUCAAGAAGGGCACCAGUUGCAGAAGAUGCAGAAUUCAUAAGAUGAAAUGUGACAGGAAUCUGCCUUGUUCUGCCUGCACUAGGGCCAAUACAGGUGAUGAAUGUCGCAAGAACCCUCCAGGACGAUUUAUAAGCGAUCGAAGACUUUCAGCCAUGAGCUGCACCGAUUCGCCCAGUUUCAAGGCACAGAACAUAGAUUGGAGUCUACUCCAGACAGACCAAGAUUUCGCUGACCAAACCAUGGUAGAUGCCCUGAGCAACAAUUCAUUUCAUUCUCUAUACUAUUCAGAAAAGAACGAUACUUGUGGUGCUGUUUGGACUUUGCAUCUGGUGAGACUGCUUCCGAGCAAGUAUCAAUGUGAUACCCUGAUCAACGAGUUCUUUGAUAGUUACCAGUAUCUUUACAAUGCCGUCCACGAGCCCUCUUUCUAUACACAAUACCACCAGCUAUGGACCACGCCUACCUCUGAAGUUGACCUGUUGGAUAUAGGAUUGGUAUUUGCUAUGCUUUGCACCACUUCUCACGAGGCUUCGGUGGGGUUAAGCGAACGGCUGGAUGUCGAGCCAACUUAUCUCAGAGACAUGUCCAAAAUUUGGUUCAAUUGCUGUUUACAGGCGAUGUAUGCAUAUGACAUUGACAAAAAUCCGUCAAUGAAACAAAUAACGAUUUUUCUGGUGCUCCAGUCGUAUCUUUUUGCAACCAAGAACGUUCAACUAUUGAACUCGUAUCUCAGCAAGAGCAUAGCUGCGGCCCAGCUGUUGGAUAUCCACCAGCAAACAAUUUGCAAAGGUUUUAUUGAGACUGAAAUGAGGAAAAGAUUAUGGUGGGACUUAUGUGCUGCCGAUACCUACCAGUCUUUAUGUUUGACAAGACCACCCUUGAUCUCGUGUGCUAAUUCAACCUCUCCAUUGCCCACCUAUUGCAACGAUUACGAUAUCACCGAGAACUCUGUUACGGCAAGACCUCUGACCGAGCCUUUGAGAAUGGCCUCCAAUUAUUACAUGAUCAGAUUCAUGAAGAUUUGGAACAGAUUAUGGACUUCCAGUGGAGAAUACAUUAACACUCCCGAAAACGUUCAGCAGAUCGACAAAGAGAUCGAACAGCUUGUGGGAGCAUUACCUUGGUUCUUUACAUUCACCAAGGAAGGGCAAUUGCCAUAUAUCCCCAAAGGAAUACGAUCAGAUAUUUAUUGGCAAUUUCAUUUCUUAUGGAGUUGCAUAUAUACUCAGAGAUUCAGAAUGCACCGGAGCUUUCUUAGUCCCCGGAUCGACUACUCUUUCGAGGCAUGUCUAGAUGCGGCUUCCAAGGUGCUGCAAGUGUAUGUUCAACUGAGGCCUCAAAUUUCGACUUCUAAUGGGAAAUUUUUGCAGAACGGUUAUCAGCUUUUCUCUGCUGCUACUGCUCAAGCUAUUUUCAUUCUUAUCGAACGACCACGAUCUGCUCCUCAGAUCAAAGAGACAAUUGAACUGGUGAUAUCAGAUCUUCAAAUAAUGCACGAAAAACAGAAAUUGACCACCCCAGUGAUUAUUGACGGUCUUCGAAUUUUGAGAAUGCUUUUGGAAUUUUAUGAUCUUGGAAGACACAAGACCAAGGGCCAAUUGUUGCCCAAACCUUCGAAACUCAUUGGCGACGAUAUUUACUUUGUCUUCGGAGGCCACCAGAAGGUUCAAGACUAUUUGGACCAACGUCGUGAUGAAAAUAACGUUCAAAAUCAAGAUGACAUGAUGCCUAUGGACGAUGAGGAGUGCAUGGAAUGGAUAGACCUUGAUAAUCUCUGGGGCAAGUGGAACUGGAAUGAGUGGGAAGCGAUUUUUCAGGACAGUUGGAGAGGUAAUAAAUAG